UCUGGCCGUUGAAAUCAGGUCGGUGGCUAUUCUCAAGCUUCUCUCUGAUUGGUGUGGUUGUUCUCGGAUUUCUUUCUGGUUCAAUGGUUUGCAGUUACGAUGGCAGGUUCUAUAGAGAUACCACUUAGAGAUACAGAUGAGGUUAUAGAACUUUAUUUGGAUCAAUUACCUGAUGGCGAUGAGGUACUUGGGAUUCUGCGGCAAGAACAUGCUCAGCUUAGUAUCUGGGUCAAUUUGGCUCUUGAGUAUUACAAGCAGCAGAAGAUUGAAGAUUUUAUUAAGAUACUUGAAUCUUCUCGUAUUGAUGCAAAUAUUGACUACCGAGACUAUGAAAAAGACCAGAUGCGAGCUCUUGACAUGUUGGCUGCCUAUUAUGUUCAGGAAGCCAAUAGAGAAAAGAACAAGGAUAAGAAGAGAGAUCUCUUCACAAAAGCCACAUUGUUAUACACAACAGCUGAUAAGAUCAUCAUGUAUGACCAGAAUCAUUUACUUGGACGAGCUUAUUUCUGCCUGCUUGAGGGUGACAAGAUGGAACAGGCUGAUGCACAGUUUAAUUUUGUAUUGAAUCAGUCACCCAAUAAUAUACCUUCUCUGCUCGGCAAAGCCUGCAUUGCUUUCAACAAGAAAGAUUAUAGAGGUGCUCUUGCGUUUUAUAAGAAAGCCCUCAGGACUAAUCCAAAUUGCCCAGCUGCUGUUAGAUUGGGAAUGGGUCACUGUUUCAUGAAAUUGAACAAUCAGGAAAAGGCACGAUUAGCGUUUGAAAGAGCUUUGCAGCUGGAUGGACAAUGCGUUGGCGCGUUGGUGGGUCUUUCGGUUCUGAAAUUAAAUCAGCAACAGCCCGACAGCAUAAGAACUGGUGUGCAAAUGUUGUCAAAGGCAUACACGAUUGAUUCGACAAAUCCGAUGGUAUUGAAUCAUUUGGCAAAUCAUUUUUUCUUCAAAAAGGAUUAUAAUAAAGUCCAGCAUUUAGCUCUGCACGCUUUUCAUAACACAGAAAACGAAGCCAUGCGAGCGGAAAGUUGCUACCAAUUAGCCAGGUCAUUUCAUGUUCAAGGUGAUUAUGACCAGGCAUUUCAAUAUUAUUAUCAAGCGACACAAUUUGCACCGCCUGUAUUCGUAUUACCACAUUUUGGUUUAGGACAGAUGUAUGUUUAUCGCGGUGAUGCCGAAAAUGCAGCACAGUGUUUCGAGAAAGUUUUGAAAGCACAACCAGGAAAUUAUGAGACUAUGAAGAUUCUUGGUUCGCUCUACGCUAAUUCCAGUUCUCAGUCGAAACGCGACAUUGCAAAAAAUCAUUUGCGGAAAGUAACGGAACAAUUUCCCGACGACGUGGAAGCCUGGAUUGAACUGGCGCAGAUAUUAGAGCAAAGUGAUCUAAAUGCAGCCUUAAAUGCUUACGGUACUGCAACGAGGAUCCUAAAGGAAAAAGUUCAUGCGGAUAUUCCGCCGGAAAUUCUGAAUAACGUAGGAGCUUUACAUUACAGACUUGGUAAUUUGGAAGAAGCCAGAAAAAAUUUGGAGGAGUCUUUGGCGCGUUCGAAAGCAGAUGCUUUGCACGAUUCAGUGUAUUAUAACUCUAUAUCAGUUACAACUACGUAUAAUUUAGCACGAUUGAACGAGGCGUUGUGCAUAUUUGACAGAGCAGAAAAAUUGUACAAAGACAUUUUGAAGGAGCAUCCGAAUUACGUGGACUGUUACUUGAGACUCGGCUGCAUGGCUAGAGAUAAGGGACAAAUUUAUGAGGCAUCUGAUUGGUUUAAAGAUGCUCUAAGAAUUAAUAAUGAGCAUCCGGAUGCGUGGUCAUUGCUGGGCAAUUUGCAUUUGGCCAAAAUGGAAUGGGGUCCUGGUCAAAAGAAAUUUGAAAGGAUCCUUAAAAACCCAUCAACGAGUACGGAUGCUUAUUCUCUGAUUGCUUUAGGCAAUAUUUGGCUGCAGACAUUGCAUCAAAGUGGAAAAGACAAGGAAAGAGAGAAGAGACAUCAGGAUCGAGCAUUAGCUAUGUAUAAGCAGGUUCUGAGAAACGAUCCGAAGAAUAUUUGGGCUGCAAACGGUAUCGGUGCGGUGCUCGCGCACAAAGGCUGCGUGAACGAGGCCCGAGAUAUAUUUGCUCAAGUGCGCGAGGCGACAGCGGAAUUUUGCGAUGUCUGGUUGAACAUUGCGCACAUUUACGUGGAGCAAAAACAAUUCGUUAGCGCAAUUCAAAUGUAUGAAAAUUGCUUGCGCAAGUUCUAUAGAUAUCAUCACGUUGAGGUUCUGCAAUAUCUUGGGAGAGCUUACUUUAAAGCUGGCAAGCUAAAAGAAGCGAAGCUGACGUUAUUGAAAGCGCGCCGAGUAGCCCCACAAGAUACAGUUUUAUUGUACAACAUUGCUCUUGUACUUCAACGAUUAGCCACACAAAUUCUCAAAGACGAGAAGUCGACUUUGACCACCGUACUUCAAGCAGUUCAUGAAUUGGGUCUUUCGCACAAAUAUUUCCAAUAUUUGUCGACACAUGGCGACAGGAUGGAGCAACUAGCCGAUGCUGAAGCUAGAAGAUGCCAAGAUUUGUUGUCGCAAGCGCAAUAUCACGUGGCUAGAGCUAGGCGAUUGGACGAGGAAGAAAAGAUGCUGAGACGCAAGCAAGAAGAAGAAAGGCAAGCCUUUAAAAUGCGUCAGACGGAAGAGCAACGCAAGCUGGAGGAGAUGCGCCGUCAGAAAGAAGAGGAGAUGCUACAGAAACGACAAGAGUAUGUGGAGAAAACAAAAAAUGCAUUGGUGUUCGGGGAGAUGCCGUCGGAGAAACCAGGAAGGAAAGGCAAAAGAGUUCGAUCUGAUCAGUAUAUCAGUGAUAGCGGAGGAUCCGGUCCAGACGAAGGCAGAGAUGAAGCGCCGAGAGAAAAAAAACGCAGGAGGAAAGCGAGUGGUGAAACUAAAGAAAGAAAGAGCAAGGGUAAACGCCGGCGCAGAAAGGAAGUCGGAAGUGGCGAAAGCGGAUCAGAAAGCGAUCGUCCGAAGCGAAAGCGUGGUAGAAAGACAGGGACUAAGAAGGAGAAGUCACGGAAAGGUACAACCGACACUCUCAAAGGUAAAAUGCCGUUAUCGAAGGAAACUAUCUCUACUAGUGAGUCGGAUAGUGAUACUGGUGGUCUUAAAAUUGCCAGCGGUGGCGAAAGCGGCAAUGAGAAUCAACCGCGCAGCAGCAGACGAAUCGCGUCAGAUUCAGAAGGCUCUCGUGCUUCACGUUCACGAUCUCGUUCGAGAUCGAAAUCUGGAAGUCGCUCAAGAAGCAGUUCACGCUCGCGAUCGCGAUCACGAUCUCGCUCCAGAUCUCACUCUGCAUCUGGAUCUAGAUCUGUGUCGAGGUCCAGAAGUCGCUCUGUCUCCGGGUCAAGAUCGGGAUCUGCUAAAAGUAGAUCACGAUCGAGGUCGGGCUCGCCAAAAAGCGGCUCACGGUCAAGGUCCAACAGCGGUUCGAGGAAGAGCGGAUCGAAGGCAAGAUCAAGAUCAAGGUCGAGCUCGAGAAAAAGCGGCUCUAGGUCGAGGUCGCCGAGCGGUUCGAGGAAAGCCGUCUCUAGGUCGAGAUCACCGAGCGGUUCAAGGAAAGGCGUGUCGCGAUCGAGGUCAAGAUCAAAGUCAAGAUCAAGAUCUAAAUCUAGAUCUAGAAGCGACUCGCGCUCAGGUUCGGAGGCACGCCAGUCACGAAGCAAAAGCCGAUCACGAUCAAAGUCAAAGUCCGUUUCGAGAUCUAAAUCAAGAUCUAAAAGCCCCAGUAGAUCACGAUCGCGCUCUAGGUCCAAGAGUGGCUCUAGAAGCAGAAGUCCCAGCGGAUCGGCACGUUCUGCAUCACCGGUGUCUAGGAAAUCAGUGUCAGGCAGCGGUGAUAGCGACAGUGAAUAAAUUGGGCAUUCUUGCAAUUAUGAUUACUACAGUAACAAAACAUAAACAUAUUUGUUAUCAUAACUAUAAGAAUAAUAAAGUAAGAGCACAUUGCUAAUGAA